GCCGCCGCCCGCCGGGCGCGAGUCGGAGCUGGAAAGUCGCGCGGCCGGACACGCCCACUUGCCGGCGCGCAGGCGCAGAGCGUGCCCCGCCCCACGGCGCGGCCUGUGCGCAGGCGCGGCGGCCGACGCGAGCGUCCGUGCGGCGAGAAGAUGGCGGCGGCGGGGGACGCGGCGUGAGAAGCCGGAGCGGUGCCGAGUCCCAUUGAAACGGGCCGCCAUGGCCCUCCGCGGCCCGCAGUAUAUUUUUGGAGAUUUUAGCCCUGAUGAAUUCAAUCAGUUCUUUGUGACGCCCCGCUCUUCAGUUGAGCUCCCUCCGUACAGUGGGACAGCGCUGUGUGGCAACCAGGCUGUGGACGAACUGCCCGAUGGGCCGGCGUACCAGAGAAUCGAGUUUGGUGGCACCGACGAGGUGGAGCCCAGCGACGGUCUGCCCAGCGCCCCCGGCUGCAGUAUUUCGAGCACCCUGAACCCCCAGGCCCCUGAGUUUAUCCUCGGCUGCACAGCCUCCAAGAAGAGCCCCCAGGGGCCAGGCCAGGAGGCCACCCCCCACUGUCUGGAGCAACCCGGCCCGGCCCUGGCCAGCAGCCCGCCCGCAGAGGCCGAGGCUGAGGCCGAGGCGGAGGCUCUGGAGCACCCCGGUGGCCCGGGCGCCUUGGGGCAGAGGGAGCGGAAGAGGAAGAAGAAGCGGCCGCCGGGCUACUACAGCUACCUGAAGGACGGCGCGGACGAGGGUGUCCCCUCGGAGGCCCUGGUCAAUGGCCACGCUGGUGCGGCGGGCCCUGGCGGGGCAGGCGCUGAGGACACGGAGUUUGGGGGUGACGUGCUCCCACCGGUUUCACCCAGGACUUGUGGCAGCCCUCAGAACCCCUCGGACUGCAUCAGUGACACUGUGCCCGACAGUCCCUUCGCGGGCACCCUGGAUGGGGCCAGCAGGACUGUGGGGCAGGGGCCGGGCCCCGAGCAGCUCUGCCCGCCCGCAGAGCACCCGCCCAGGACAGCUGCCGCCCCGCCCCAUGCCGCGCAUACUACUGAGCACUGCGGUGUCCCCAACGGACAGGGGCUUGAACCCUCGGGCGUGGGCCCGGCUGCCAACGGGGAGCCCCAGGCCGCCGAGAGCGAGAGCUUGGACCCCGACCCCGCCAGCAGCCUCGCGGCGCCCCUGCCCGCGGGUCAGCCCGCCAAGUCCUGGGCCAGCCUCUUUCACGACGCCAAGCCCGCCCCUUCCUCAGCCGUGGCGUACGUGGAGGUUAAGUGCUCCCCGCCUGCCCUGUCUCCCCUGGGCUCUGAGAAGCAGGUUGAAGUCAAAGAAGGGCUGGUUCCGGUGUCAGAGGACCCCGUAGCCAUGCAGAUCGCAGAGUUCCUGGAGAACGUAACCCUAGUGCAUAAGCCAGUGUCGCUGCAACCCCGCGGGCUGAUCAAUAAGGGAAACUGGUGCUACAUUAACGCUACGCUGCAGGCCCUGGUGGCUUGCCCUCCGAUGUACCACCUCAUGAAGUUCAUCCCCCUGUACUCCAAGGUGCAGAGGCCCUGCACGUCGACGCCCAUGAUAGACAGCUUUGUCCGGCUGAUGAACGAGUUUACCAACAUGCCUGUGCCACCGAAGCCCCGCCAAGCUCUUGGAGACAAAAUUGUGAGGGACAUCCGGCCUGGAGCGGCCUUUGAGCCCACGUACAUCUACCGCCUCCUGACCGUCAGCAAGUCGAGCCUGUCUGAAAAGGGCCGCCAGGAGGACGCCGAGGAGUACCUGGGCUUUGUCCUGAACGGGCUGCACGAGGAGAUGCUGAGCCUGAAGAAGCUCCUCUCGCCCGGCAGCACAAAGCUCCUGGUGUCCAACGGGCCCCGAAGCCCCUCGGCCGACGGCGAGGAGCAGGAGGCGGGCAGCGAGGGCAGCGAGGAGGAGUGGGAGCAGGUGGGGCCCCGCAACAAGACGUCGGUCACGCGCCAGGCUGACUUCGUCCAGACGCCCAUCACGGGCAUCUUCGGCGGGCACAUCAGGUCGGUGGUUUACCAGCAGAGUUCCAAGGAGUCCGCCACGCUGCAGCCCUUCUUCACGCUGCAGCUGGACAUCCAGUCCGACAAGAUCCGCACGGUGCAGGACGCACUCGAGAGCCUGGUGGCCCGGGAGUCCGUGCAGGGCUACACCACGAAGACCAAGCAGGAGGUCGAGAUUAGCCGGCGGGUGACCCUGGAGAAGCUGCCUCCCGUCCUUGUGCUGCACCUCAAGCGCUUCGUGUAUGAGAAGACCGGCGGCUGCCAGAAGCUGGCCAAGAACAUCGAGUACCCCGUGGACCUGGAGAUCAGCCGGGAACUGCUUUCUCCAGGUGUUAAAAAUAAAAAUUUUAAAUGCCACCGAACCUACAGGCUCUUCGCAGUGGUCUACCACCACGGCAGCAGCGCCACGGGCGGCCACUACACCACGGACGUCUUCCAGAUCGGGCUCAACGGCUGGCUGCGCAUGGACGAUCAGAGCGUGCGGGUGGUGCCGCAGCACCAGGUUCUGCGGCCAGCGGCCGAGCGCAGCGCCUACCUGCUGUACUACCGCCGUGUGGACCUGCUGUGAGCCCGCAGGCCUGCCGUGACGCCGGCCGUGACUCCAACUGGGACCCGGGCGGCAGGCCAGGCCGUCGCUUGAUUUGAGGAAAACACAAAACCGCCAUCCUGAGAGACGCCGACUCCCGAGCGAAGAGGGGCGCCUGCCCGGGCUCCCGGUCUGGCUGCGCAGCGGGGCAGACCUGCACCAGCAGCCCUGUACAUGUGUGAAGAUGAAUUUUAUCUUUCCUUACAGAGUAAAUUUUUUAAUCCACCCUGCUUUCCUCCCCUCCCUUUAGUUUUGAUAAAUGAUUACAAAUGAGCCAGUUACCCGAGAAGAAAUAGUUACUUCAGAAGCCGGGGAGAUGACGGGCCACACUGCUGGCCCCUGACGGAGGAGCCCACUGUGAUGGCUGCGGAGACCCGCGCGGUCCAGUCUGCAGGGCGGCCAGUGCCGGCCGCAGGGGCUGCUUGGCACCUGCGGCCUGGGAGAUCUGCCCGUGCACAGGGACACCCGGGACUGUAACGCUGUCGCCCCUCAAUAAAAUGACAACGUUGGUUCAGA